AUGUCUUCAUCGAAUCCACGUAAUGGUGGGGGACCUUCAUCACGAUAUAAUGAAUACCUAGAUUAUGGAAAAUCACGAAGGAAAAAUUUCUAUUCAUCGGGCUCCAAUAGUCAGUCAUCACCAUCUCUACAGGGAUUAUCACGACGAGAUUUUAAAAGUAAUGGUAGUGGUUCGUCUUCAUUGUCACAUCUGAAAGACCAAAAUCCUAUACCCCCUUCAGUCUCAAGAAAUGGUUCUUAUUCAUCAUCAUCACAUUAUAACAACAACUAUGGAAAUUAUCACGAUUAUUAUCUAGGGAGUGGUCGUAAUGACACAUGGAGAAAAUCCAGUGGUGGGGAAUCACGACUAUCGUCAUCAUCAAAUUCAUCUGCAACUUCAUCAUCGACUUCUUAUCAACAGUACCGACUGAAUAAUGCCACUGGCGGUGAUUAUAGAAUGAAAGACCGCUAUGAUUCAUAUAGCACUCACGACGGGGGUAUAAACACAAGUAAAUGGAAGUCAGGUAGAGGUUUUGGGCCAUCAAGAUACUCAGCUAAAGAUAGAAUGCGAGGAGCAUCAACAUUCAGUUCUGGUAGUAAUAGUGUACCUUUAGGAUCUUCAUCAUUGACAAAUAGUACAGGACAUGACUCAUAUUAUGGGAGAAAUUCGUAUGGUAGUUCCUUACCUAGAAACUCAAGUUAUAACAAACCUAGAGAUUAUAAAUACAAAUACGGCCACAGAAGCACAUUGAUUCCAGUUGAGAAGAAACAUCCCCAGGAUCUAGAUUCUCCUACAUCUAAAGAUGAGGAAGAAGACGAUGACGAGGAGGAAGACGAUGAAGAAGAGGAGGAGGAGGAAGAAGAAGAUGAAGCUGUUGAUGAGGUACAAGUAGAAGUAAAAGAGGAGCAAAAACAGAAGGAAUCACAACAAACACUAGGAGAAGAAAAGAAAGAUGUUGAUAAUGAUAUUACAAUGGAACAGGAUGAUUCGAAAACUGAAAUCAAAAAGAUUGUUGAGGUGAAAGUGGAGGAGAAAUCAAUAGAUUCUUUAAUGACAGAUGAAUCCGUAAAAGUUGAAACAGCAACUGUUGAACAAGAGCAUCCUAUAGAAUCAACAAAACAGGAUAUUCCUCAUGAAGUUAAUGAACCUCCAGUUGUUACCACCGAGGUCGAAACAAUUGAGAGCUAUGAUUAUCCAUUGAAUAAAAUUGAAACAGAGUUUUGUGAAUUGAAGGCAAAGUUCCAUGCAGAAAAAGGGGAUAUGUUGUUAAAGUAUUCAUUGGCUAAACCAAUUACGAAUCUUCAUCAUUAUCCAAUUGUAUCACACAAUUUGAAUCACUACCAUAAGAUCAGAAAGUCAUUGGUUUCUAAAUUAAAGAAUAAAAAUUAUUCCAUUUACUUGAGAAAAAGAAUGCUUUUCGAAGAAUAUAAUUCACGUAUGAAGAUUUAUGAGCAACAAAAGAUGAAAAUGGCGCAACAAAUAGCCGCUGUGAGACCACCUGGUAGUGAUGAUAUUAAGAAAGAAAUUUAUAAUGGUGUAGUCACAGGUUUACUAGGAUCCAGUGGUGGCGGUGGUGACAGUAAUGGCGGUCCGAAUGGUUCUGCUGAAGCUGGGGCUCGUAGUACUCGUAGGUAUAGAGUUAGUGAUGACGAAUUGAAUGUCAUUUUGUUAAGUUUGGAAGAUCCGAUUAAUAAAGCUGCUAGAGUUGCUGCUAAGAUACCUGAUUUGUGUCUUGAUGACAACACUGUGUUCUGCGAUGACAAUAAUAUUGUCAAGGAUAAACAACAAUGGGCUAAACGUAUUCAUACAGACUGGAAUGACACAUUUACUGAAGCUGAACACGAAAUGUUUUGUCAAGCUUAUUCGGUGCAUGGUAAAAAAUUUGACCUUAUUGCAAAACAUAUGGGAUUAAGAACGGUUUCAGAUUGUAUUCGACACUAUUAUAUGACAAAACAUCUGACUAACUACAAGAUGUUGUUACAAAAGAGGAAGAAGACUAAACAUAAAGCUAAGAGAACUAAGAAAACUGCCACUACAAAAACUCCUCCUCCUGUUGCUCCUACAUCUGCACCUAUUGUUGUACCUCCAGAAGCGCCAAAAUCUGCUCCUCCAGCAGCAGCAGCCAUAGCUCCGCCAACUGAUACAGCUGUACCUAUUGUCUCUCACGCAGAACUUCCUACACAUAAAAUGAGUAUAGCUAGUUUACUUAAUUAA